AUGUCCUCUUAUAUAGACCUUAUCCGCCUGAAUGGGACCUUCAUGCCAGGCCCAGUCUCCAAACCACCUCCACGCUUGAAGCAGAGUGGCCGUGAUACUCCUUCCAUGUCUUCCACCCGUGCGCAGGCCGGCAGUCUUCGCGACGACGCCUACCCUCACGACGGCAACACCACCGCCACCAAACAAGACAGCACCACGUGCAAAUACAAUAACGACAAAGAUAUAGCUCAGGACUUGCAGGGCAUAGGCUCCUGGAUGGAUGACCACUCACUUCAAUGA